AAGCUAUGAUAUUACGCUUCAUAUUAUCAAUAGUCAAGAUACAAUUGAACUCAACAACCUCUUGCAUUAAAUGUAAAGUCUUGGUAAAAAAUAACUACUUUUUGAAUUCGUUUGGAUCCUUUGGAUUUUUGGUUUAUUUUCUUUUGUACUCAAUCUGAAUCAGCACAUCUGCUUUCGUCAACAUGCAUUCCUCUAAAGUCAGUCGGACGAUAGAAAGAUAUAUUGACAGAGCAACGGACCAAUUCAAUUUGGAGCCGAACUUGGCCUUAAACUUGGAGAUUGCUGAUUACAUUAAUGCCAAGAAGGGAAAUGCACCCAGAGAGGCAGCUUUUACCAUAUUGAAGCGUAUCAAUAGUGCCAAUCCAACAGUGACUUAUUUGGCUUUAAACCUUCUUGAUAUAUGUGUUAAAAACUGCGGCUUUCCCUUUCAUUUACAAAUUGGAAGCCAAGAAUUUCUCAAUGGAUUUGUUUCGCGUUUUCCUAAAUAUCCCCUCCCUCAUAUGAAUAAGAUCCAGAAAAAGAUUUUGGAAAUGCUUGAAGAGUGGAACUAUAUGCUGUGUAAAAACAAUAGACAUAGCCAAGAGUUUUCCAAAAUUCACGACCUCCGUGAAUUGAUGGCUUUUCAAGGCUACAAGUUUCCAAAAGUUGAUGAAGAUUCGGUUGCUGUGAUGAAUCCUAGUAAUGAUCUACGCUCCGCUCAUGAGUUGGCUAUGGAAGAUUUGGAGGCACAUAAAGCUAAGCUUCAAGAACUCCUUCGACGUGGCACUCCAAUGGAUUUGGCUGAAGCAAAUGCACUAAUGAAAGUAAUUGCAGGUUUUGAUAAAGAAAAUACAGAAGAUUAUUCUGCUCUCGCAUCUGCUGAAAUUGAAUCUAUCAAAGCUAAAGCUUUACGUGUUCAACAUCAUCUGGAAAAUCCAACUUCGGUGUCUCUUGAUGAACCGCUAGAGUCCGCUAUAGAGUCCUUGAAAGUCUAUAAGAAUAAAGUCGUUCGCUUGUUGCAGACCGAGGAUGACGAUGAAUAUUAUGUUCAUAAGCUUAUUUCUUUGAAUGAAUUGCUUCACGAUGUACUUCAUGCUUAUGGAAUUAACCAUGAAUUCAAUGAACAAUCCUUUCUUUAUUCCUCCAAUUCAUCCCAGCAGAGUAAUAAUGCUCCCCCAAGAAACGAGUCUUUAGUUGAUCUGCUUGAUGAACCUAGUCACGAUAACUUAAUUUUAUCUAAUAAUGGCGUUUCCUCCAGUACUGCAUCAGACUUUGCUGGCUUUCCUGAUGCAUUCAAUUCUAAUCAACCGGUAGCUAAUGGUAAUUCGGUGCACAAGUUUUCGAACGUUGAAGCUACUGUUCCCAUUUUGAAGUCUGGUUCCUUGCUACUGUCAGCCAAGUUAGUCAGCUACAAUCCAGCGAGCGGUACGGCAUCAUAUGCCGUCUAUCUAUCUAACGACUCUUUUGCGUCCUCUGUAUCAAAUGUUACCUUUCAGGUGGCUGUCAUGAAAUCCCAAAAGCUUCAGAUGCUUCCCCUCGUUGGAGAAACUACUAUAGCUCCAAAAAAGCAGGACGCUGCCUAUAUGACUAUGAAUAUUUCUGGUGUCAGUAAUGAUCAGAAAUCUAUACGAAUUCGCUGGCGUUCUUAUUGGAUGGCUAACCUCAAUAAUCAGGAAGCUUCUGGCGAAAGUUAUCUACCUCUUCAAAUCUAGAUAAUCGAUUUUUAAAUAGACGUACAUCUUCACAAUGUAAUAAAGUUUCUACUGUUUACAUUAUCCGACCUGCUCUUAAAAUUUCGU